AACGCCAGGUGAGCUGCAAUUGGGAGAGCCGGCAAGAAGAGAGCCGGCGGAGCGCUGCAAGAGGCGGUCGGAAAUCGAAGAAACAUCAGCUCCAAUAAUGAGCUAGCGCGAUGAGGAGAACGUGGCAGCGUUCGCUGCUCGCCUGGCCAUGGGCUUGGCUCUGGAUCGCCCUGGCGGCCGCGCCGGCCUCCCCGGGCACCUCAUCGGCGAGUGGAUCAGCUCCGAAAACGGGGCCAGCUGGGACGACGACGUCGACGACGACGACGACGACGACGAUGGCGCCGCCGGUCGUCCAGGAGUUUGCAUUCACGCAACCGCUUUACAACGUUUCGAUACCGGAGAAUUCGGUGGGUAAAACGUUCGUGGUGCCCGAAGAGAAAAUGGGUAUAAGGCUGGGCGCAGCUGACGGAGACGUCGAAGUGCGUUACAAGAUAGUCGGUGGUGACAGAGACAAGUUUUUCAAAGCCGAAGAACGGAUUGUGGGUGAUUUUUGUUUUCUACUGAUAAGGACUCGAACCGGUAACGUAGACGUGUUGAAUCGCGAACGGAAAGAUCGGUACGUUCUCGAAGUGCGGGCAACGUCGACUCGCCGUGACGGUAAGAACAGACAGACGACCCUCGUCGACGCGGACGCAACCGUCGUCGUUACUGUCCUCGACACAAACGAUCUCAGCCCCUUGUUUUACCCGACUGAGUACGAGGUGACCGUCCCCGAGGACACUCCUCUACAUCGGAGCGUAGUCAAGGUGACUGCCGACGACGCUGACCUCGGCAGGAACGGUGAGAUUUACUACAGCUUCGCCGAGGAGAACGAACAGUUCGCCGUCCACCCAGUCAGCGGCGUGAUAACGCUCACUAGGCCGCUCAGAUACGCCGAGCGCGCCCUCCACGAGCUGACGGUCCUCGCCGAGGACCGUGGCGCCCUUCUCAGGAUCGGCGGGGGCGCGCCGACCGCCAGCACAACAAAGGUGACGAUCAGGGUACGCCAGGUGAACCUGCACGCGCCGGAGAUAUACGUACACCACCUUCCGGACGUGCUGGAGCACUCGAAUGCGGACAUUUACGCCAUCGUGAGGGUUGUCGACAGGGACGAAGGGGCGCAUGGGCAAAUCGCGAGCCUCGACAUAGUGGGCGGUGACCCCGACGGUCACUUCAGGGUUCGACCGGUCGAGAACUCAGGCGACGGUAAGUCCGGCGAGUACAAUGUUGAGAUUCUCAGGCUCCUGGACCGCGAGGCUGCGCCCCAGGGCUACAACCUCACCCUGAGAGCCCUCGAUCGGGGUGUGCCGCAGAGGUUCAGUUACAAGUCGGUACCCGUUCACCUUGCCGAUCUGAACGACAACGCGCCGGUAUUUAACCGCGAGAUCUACGAAGUCAAGGUACCAGAGACGGCCCCGGUGAACACCCCGGUUAUCAGGCUCAAGGUGACGGACGCUGACGAGGGUAAGAACGCUUUGGUCUUUCUCGAGAUCGUCGGUGGCAACGAGGGCGGGGAAUUCUAUAUAAACGCGGACACGGGCAUGCUCUACACCGCAGUGGCUCUCGACGCUGAGAUGAAGGCGUUCUACACGCUCACCGUCGCUGCUGUCGAUCAGGGAAACGCCGGGACUAGGAAGCAGUCCUCAGCCAAGGUCAAGAUUUACGUCGUCGACACGAACGAUAACGAUCCGAUAUUCGAAAAUUCGGAAAUGACGGUGUGGCUCGACGAGAACGAACCCGCUGGCACUUCCGUGGUAAAGUUGACAGCGAAGGACCGGGACUCGGGGGAGAACGCUUACAUAUCGUACAGCAUCGACAACAUCCGGAAGGUCCCGUUCGAGAUUGACCCGUUCACCGGUGUCGUGAGGACCAAACAGCUGCUCGACUACGAGACAAUGAAGCGGGAUUACAUCCUUCACGUGAGGGCGAGCGACUGGGGCCUCCCUUACCGUCGGCAGACGGAAAUGCAGCUCCGCGUCAAGCUCCGCGACGUCAACGACAACAGGCCGCAGUUUGAGAAGGUCGACUGCGCCGGUCACGUGCCGCGGUACGUUCCGAUCGGUUCGGAAAUUAUAACCGUAUCGGCGAUCGACUUCGACGUCGGGAACAUAAUCAGCUAUCGCCUCGUAUCCGGGAACGAAGAUAGCUGCUUUUCUCUCGAUUCUACCAGCGGGGUUCUCUCCGUUACUUGCGACCUUAUGGAUGUGAAGGUCCCCGACAGGGAGGUGAACCUGACGGCGACCGACGGCACCCACUUCGCCGAUGUGACGCGCGUUCACAUCCACCUCGUCAACGCGAAACGCAACCUCGGCUCACAGGCCGGGAUUCUCACCGACGAAACCGGCGCCUUUGAGUGUCGCGACACCGGCGUCGCGAGGAGACUAACCGACGCCAUCGCCUCCGCCGAAAAGAACAACAUGCCGAGCCCCGAAGACGAGUACGCCAUGAUGCCAAGUCGGUAUGGCGACAACGUUCACGCCCCGGAGUUUAUCAAUUUUCCCAACGAAAUCAAGGUCAACGAGUCUGUCGCGGUCGGCACGACCUUGGCCAAACUGGUGGCACGGGAUCGGGACCUCGGCUACAACGGUAAGCUGGUGUUCGGCAUAUCGGCUGGCGAUCGCGAUUCUGUUUUUCACCUCGAUCCGGACUCGGGGGACCUGAACGUGAUCAACCACCUCGACCGGGAACGCGAGAACGAGUACUUUCUCAACGUGAGCGUUUACGAUCUGGGCAAGCCCCAGAAAUCGGCCUCGAGGAUGCUACCCGUUACCGUUCUCGACGUUAACGACAACGCGCCGAAGUUCGAAAAGACGCUGGCCAGCUUCAAGAUAUCCGAGAACGCUCUGAACGGCACAAACGUCUUCAGGGCGAACGCCACCGACGCCGACCUGGGCGAGAACGCGCGCGUAACCUACUCCCUCGCUACGGAGACCAACGACUUUAGGGUCGAUUCCGUCACCGGGGUCCUCAGCGUCUUCGGGAGACUCGACAGGGAGCGUCAGGAGCUGUACGAGCUGCGCAUACGAGCCUCGGACAACGGCGGCUUCGGGACCGACGAACCGCCGCUGCACUCGGAAGCUCUUGUCCGUGUAACGGUCGACGACGUUAACGACAACCCUCCCAAGUUCGCCCUCUCCAGCUACGCUGUUAAAAUACGCGAGGACGUGCCGACUUGGAGCGUCGUCGCCGUUGUUAGCGCCACCGACCCGGACGAGGGACCCGGCGGCAUCGUGGAGUAUUUCUUGUCCGACGCCGCGAUGAACGGUGAGGGGUUCUUCAAGAUCGACAGAGUCUCCGGCACAAUCAGGACCGCUCAGCCCCUCGACUUUGAGGAAAGGCAGGUUCACAGUCUCUCGAUUACAGCCAGAGACAGGGGCGAGCCUCCGAUGUCCGCUGAGACCGUUGUCAUCGUCGAGGUCGUCGACGUCAACGAAAACCUCCACCCUCCGGUAUUCGACGACUUCGUUGUAUCAGCGACCGUUUUCGAAAAUCAACCCGUCGGCACUCUCGUCACCACUGUCAAGGCCACCGAUGCUGAUCCUGUCGGUGGUGACUCCAGGGUCUCCUACACCAUUCGCGGCGGCGACGGCAUCGGCAUAUUCUCCAUUGACGAACAAGGCAACGUCAAGACCAGGGUGGUCCUCGACGUCGAGACGAAAUCAGGCUAUUGGAUCACCGUCUUCGCUCAAGAUCACGGAGUCGUUCCUCUGAGCUCAAAGAUCGAGGUUUACGUGGCGGUACUGGAUGAGAACGAUAACACGCCGCUGACAGAUUUGCCCGUCUACUAUCCAUCGGUGCCCGAGAAUUCGCCGGCCGGAGUGAGCGUGGUCCAGGUCCGGGCCUUCGACAAGGACGUUUCGCCCCAGAAGCUCACCUUCUCCAUAACGAGCGGAAACCCGGAGGGUUAUUUUCUCAUCAACUCAACUACGGGCCUCAUCACUACCAGUGGGAGAAAACUUGACCGCGAGAAUCAGGCUGAACACAUCCUCGAGGUUACCGUCAAAGACAACGGCAAGCCGGCACUACUAUCGACGACCCGAGUCGUCGUCGAAGUUGAGGACGUCAACGACCACGGCCCGGAGUUCGAGCAGAAAUUCUACACCGUCCAAAUCCCCGGAUCUCCCAAGGCCGAGAAGCCACUGUUCCAGAAAACGAGGAAUCAAACACGGGAUCUCGAGCACACGGUCGAUGCGUUCUCUGAGAAUGGAACUUGGGAGACUUUUAGCCCAGACAGCUUGUCAGGAGAUCAUUUCUUGAGGGUACUGGCGAACGACAAAGACAUCGGCGUCAACGGCGAGAUCCAGUAUAGCAUCAAGGGGGGCAGGGGUAAGGGGAAGUUCAAGAUCCACCCAACAACCGGAAUGGUUUACUCGCAACGCGGUUUCGAGGCUGGCCAGGAAUAUGAGCUCAUGAUCCGAGCCGUUGACGGCGGGGAACCUCAACGCAGCCACCAAACCAGGGUGUCUGUCCAUGUGAUCGAGGCACCGAAGGAUUCGGCGGAGCCGCCGAUUUUCAAAACGGCUAACCAGAGCGUGGAAGUGACGGAGAGCGACGAGGUGGGAUUUCUCGUCGCCCUUGUCCAGGCCACGGACAAAGACGGAGAUGCCUUGUGGUACGACAUUGUUGACGGGGACAAACGGGACGAGUUUUUCAUCGGCCGGGACAACGGAAACGUUUUGCUGGCCAAGCAGCUGGACUGGGAAACUCAGAACCUCUACAAUUUGACAGUGAGCGUGAGCGACGGGGUGAAUGUGGUGUACACCCAGCUGUUCGUCACUGUUAUCGACAUAAACGAUCACCGGCCUAUAUUUACCGAGAGCACAUACCGCAUUGACAUAUCUGAGAACGUGCCAAGAGGGGAGAGGAUCCUGCAGCUACACGCGACCGAUGAAGACGAGGACAAAAAGGUCUUCUACAGUCUUCACGCGGCCCAGAAUCAGGACUCCCUCGAGAUAUUCCAUGUCGACUCCGUGUCCGGAAUAAUGACUCUGAACGAGGCGCUCGACCGGGAGACCACCGAGGAACACGUGCUCACAGUGAUGGUCAAAGACCAGGGGACACCGGCGAAGCGAAACUACGCGAGGGUCAUCGUCACUGUUCACGAUCACAACGAUCACGCACCGGAGUUUACGAGCGAGAUCAUUCAGGGCAAGAUAUACGAGACUUCGCCGGUGGGAUCUGCGGUCGUCGAGGUCGUCGCGAUCGAUCAGGACCGCGGGGAUAACGCGAAAAUCACCUACUCGAUAACCUCGGGUAACGUCGGGAACGUAUUCACCAUAAGCCCGGACCUUGGACUGGUAACCGUGGCGCGGGAGCUCGACCUCGGUGUCACUUCGGAGUACAUCCUGCUUGUCAAGGCAACCGACCACGGCUCACCGGCUCUGAUGAACACGGUUCCGGUCCACGUGAUGGUCACCAUGGCCGACAACGCGCCGCCCAGGUUCAUACAGCGGGAGUUGGCCGCGGAGAUAUACGAAAACCAGCGGCCGGGGACCUAUGUGAGGCACGUCGAGGCCCGUAGCACCUCCUCGCUACAAUUCGAGAUCAAGAGGGGCAACGAGGACGACACCUUCUUCGUUAACCCGAGUACGGGUGUGAUAACGACGAAGAAUCAGCUCGACUACGAGAAGCAGAAGUUCUACAACCUGACGAUAGCCGCCACGAACAUGGCAGCGGCUGUCGCUACCUGCAACGUGAUCGUUCACGUCCUCGACAAGAACGACAACGCGCCGAGAUUCCUGCAGGCCGUUUACAGCGGGGAAAUCAGCGAGGGAGCCUCGAUCGGGUCGCUAGUUCUGACGAACGGCAGCUCGCCGCUGGUCAUAAAGGCCAAAGAUGCCGAUUCGGAGCUCAACGCGCUCCUGAACUACGACAUAGUAGAAGACCUGCCCAGGAAGUACUUCCACAUCGACUCGAGCACCGGCGCUAUUCGCACCAUAAUGAUCCUCGAUCAUGAGACGAUACCGGAGUUCGUCUUCCACGUGAAGGUUUCCGAUCUCGGAAAGCCGCGGCUCUCCUCGGAGACCAUUGCCGCGGUCAAGAUUCACGUUACCGACGUCAACGACUCGCCGCCAAAGUUCACCAGGAACGAUUACAACGUGACGCUUCUCCUUCCGACGUACAAAAACGUCGCCGUACUCAGAGUGAACGCCAGUGACCCGGACAGCUCCGAAAGUGCGAAUCUCAGGUACGACAUAAUCGACGGAAACAAGGGGCACGUUUUUGCGAUCGAUCAGUACGCCGGUAUCGUCACCGUUGACAAGCCGGAUCAGCUCAGACCAAGCUACCUGUUGCACAUCCGAGUGUCGGAUGGGAAGUACUCGAGCAUCGCGCAGGCCAACGUAGUCGUCGAGAAGUCAGAGAAUUCCGGCCUCGUGUUUCAAAAGAGCAUAUACGAGGGCACCAUUCUCGAGAACUCGACCAAGGUCACCACCGUCGCUGUUGUCAACGUCCUUGGAAGCGCCCUCAACGAGCAGGUCGUCUUCACCAUACUCAAUCCCACAGAGAUGUUCGAAAUCGGCUCAACUUCCGGCGCCAUCAGGACUACGGGACUUAGAUUCGACCGCGAAAUCUGCGACAAUUACGAGCUCAUCAUUGAAGCCAUGAGCCGAAUGCCGGACAGAGAAAAACCGAGGGUCGCUCACGUCAUUGUGAACGUCACUAUUUUGGACAUGAACGACAACUGCCCCAUGUUCGUUAAUCUACCGUAUUACGCCGUCGUUUCCGUCGAUGCCCAAAAGGGCGACGUCAUCACGAAGGUUCACGCAAUCGAUAUGGACAGCGGUGAAAACGGAGAAGUGCGUUACGAGUUGAAGAAAGGUCACGGAGAAUUGUUCAAAGUUUGCAGAAGGACGGGUGAAAUAUCGUUGAGACAGAAUCUCGAAGGACACAAUCGAGAGUAUCAGUUGAUGAUUGCUGCCUACGACGGAGGGAUAACUCCGUGCUCGAUAGAAGUACCCGUCAACGUGAAAGUGAUCGAUCGAUCGAUGCCGGUAUUUGAUAAACAGUUUUAUACCGACAGCGUUCUUGAGAGCAUCGAAGUUCAUUCCCCAUUAGCGCUCUCGAUUCAGGCCGAAUCUCCUUUAAGUCGAAAGCUUAUAUACAGCAUCGUUAAAGGCAACGACUUUGAAGAGUUUGCCUUGGAUUUCAACACCGCCCCCGACAGUAACAAUGGCCCUUGUGUCAUUUAUGUGGUGGAUGAACUGGAUUACGAGCAAAAAAAACAGUACGAGCUGACGGUGCGGGCAACAGACAGCGUUUCCGGUGUCUAUGCCGAAGUGCUGGUUAGCAUCCUGGUAUUGGAUGUGAACGAUUGCCCUCCAGAAUUCACUCAGGACUCUUACAAUAUAUCAGUAUCCGAAGCAGCGCCAUUUGGAACAUCAAUUUUGCGAGUUUAUUCGCGGGACAAUGACACGGGCAUAAACCAGAAGGUUCGAUACGCGAUACAAAACGACACGGAAAACAGCAACGAGUUCUUCCACGUGGACCCGGAGGAGGGAAUAAUCUACUUGAAGAGGUCACUGGACCAUGAAAGGCACAGCUCCCAUCACUUUACCGUUUUGUCGAUGGACAGGGGAGUUCCAAGCCUGUCCAGUACAGCUCACGUCUGGGUGACAGUUGUCGAUAUGAACGACAAUCCGCCGGUGUUCGAGCAAAUAUCGUACACAUCUUUUCUGUCCGAGCAUGCGGAACGCGGUCAGUUUGUCACCGUCGUGUCGGCAGGUGAUCAGGACUACGUGGACGAGUCGCGUUUGACUUACACGAUAGUCGGUGGCAAUGAUCAACAGACUUACACGAUCGAUCCGAACUCAGGAAUAAUUUCUUUGAUCAACAUGCAGAACUUUGGGGACCAAAAAAUGACCAUGCUCAAUGUCUCCGUGAGCGACGGAGUUUACACCAGCUUCGCUAGAGUGAAAAUUGAAAUACUACCCGCCAACCGACACAACCCGAAGUUCCCUAAUCCUCAGAUCGAAGUCACUGUGUUGGAAAAUCAACUCGCCGGCAGGCUGGUAACCAAUGUGAUCGCGGAUGACGAGGAUUUCGGAGACUACGGAAUCGUCACCUAUUCGAUCCCUUCCGAGCUGAUGAAGGGAACGUUCGACAUCAAUAAACUGACCGGGGAAAUUGUUACCAAGAAGAAGCUCGACCGGGAGCAACAGAAACUGUACGAACUUCCGGUCAUGGCUACCGACGGUGGUGGAAAGUCGGGAUUUAUCAUGAUCAGGGUCAGAGUCGGAGACGAAAAUGAUAACUCACCGGUAUUUCUUCUCAAAGAGUACAAAGCAACUAUUCACAGCAAUCUCUCGAUAAAUACAGUUUUCCUCAAGGUCAAGGCUCUCGAUGCGGACGAAGACGAUGCCGCGAAAAUUGAGUACUCCAUAUACGAAAAGCAAAACUCUGACGCUAUGGAUCUAUUCGGUAUCAAGGCUGACACUGGCGCAUUGUUCCUGAAGAAGAGUGCUCUUCCGUGGGAAAACCAACUAUUCCAAUUGUUCAUCAGAGCUGAAGACAGAGGAGUGAUUUCCCAUCAUGCCGACGUUCCUCUAUACGUUUACAUUAUGGGUACACAGGAUGUUCCACCUCUCUUCGAACGAAAGGAGGAUAAAUUCUUCAUCUCGGAGGCAUCCCCCGUUGGAACGCCUAUCACUCGAUUAAAGACCGUUACCAACAACUCGGUCACUUACAGAAUAAUAUCCGGCCCCGACAGCACCUCGCCGUUUAUCGUAGACACGAACGGUCAAAUAACGUUGGCGAAUCCGUUAGAUCGCGAAAUCAGGGAUAAUUAUUUAAUCGGAGUACUGGCCGAAACUGAUUCGAGCCCACCCCUAACGGCACUGGCCGAGAUAUCGCUUCAAGUCCUCGACGAGAACGACCACGCUCCGAUGUUUGAGAGCAAUCCGUAUUCCCUGAGUCUCGCCGAAAAUAUUGACGAGGGUACGCUGAUCUUGAAAGUGAUUGCCCACGAUAAUGAUCUGGGCAGCAACGGCGAGGUCCGUUAUUCCUUUGGAUCCGACAUCGGGGAACUGGCAAACGUGUUCACGGUCGACGCUUACACGGGGUGGAUUUCAACGCUGAUUCAACUGGACAAGGAGAAACAGUCCGAGUACAAGUUCCAGGUCGUCGCAACUGACAAUGGAAACCCGAAACAUUUCGCCAGGACGACGGUGAACGUAAAACUGAAGGACUACAACGACAAUCCGUCUGUGUUCGUCGACGAUCAUUACGACGCGACCGUGAAAGAAGACGCCCUGCCUGGCACCGUUGUCGUCAAACUCCUCACCACCGACAGGGACAAGGACCUGAAAACUCCGGUCGAAUUCUACAUAACAUCGGGUGAUCCCAGAUCACAGUUCCAGAUCAGAUCUACGGGCGAAGUUUACGUCGCGAAGAAAUUGGACAGGGAAAUGAUCGGUGAGUACGAGCUUGACGUGAUCGGAACCGACGGUAAAUACGUCUGCAAAACGAAUGUGAGGGUUGAAAUUAUCGACGUUAACGACAACCCUCCUUAUUGUCUGCGCUACCGAUACAGAGAGGUUUUGUCCGAAGGAUCCCAUCCUGGAACAUACGUACUCACAGUAUUGGCCACUGAUUAUGAUGACGAGCCGAAUGCUAAGCUGAGGUUUUACCUGACUGGUGAAAACAAUGAAAAAUUCUCACUUGACAAAGAGAACGGCGUACUCAAAACCGUUGGUCAAUUGGACAGAGAAACACAGGCAAAAUACUCGCUCACCGCUCACGUUCAAGACAGAGAUAAGCCGGCGUGGGAAUGCUCAUCGCAACUGGAAAUUCUGGUAUCCGAUUUGAACGACAACGCUCCCAAGUUCACAAUGCAAUCUUACAGUGCUACUCUUCCCGAGGACGUGGAAGUUGGCACGCUGGUCACCAAGGUCCACGCAACGGACGAUGACAUCGGUAUAAACCGAAAAGUGAAAUAUGAGUUCAUCGAUUCUGCCGAAGGACACUUCCUGAUUGCUGCAGACAGCGGCAUCGUGACUCUGGCCAAACCACUUGACAGGGAAACCAAGGCAAUGUACAACGUCAGCAUCCAAGCAGUGGACCAGGGAACACCCCAACUUUUCAGCGUUGCCACAUUGAUUGUCAACGUUCAAGAUAUCAAUGACAACCCACCGGAAUUCGCCUCCAAGUUUUACUUUGCUCGCGUUCCCGAGAUCGAUGCCGUCGGCACUGAAGUAGCGAGAGUUCUUGCCACCUCGAAAGACACCGGAGUCAAUGCCGAUGUUUACUAUUCCAUAGUCGGUGGCAAUGAACACAAAAAGUUCCAAAUCGAUACUCAAACUGGCGUCAUCACCAUUGCUGAACAACUGGAUUAUGAACGAGCUAAAGAUUAUUUUCUCACUAUUCAAGCAAUCGAUGGUGGCGUACCACCACUAAGCAAUCAUGCCACUGUCAAUAUUACUGUUACUGAUAGCAACGACAACGCCCCAAUCUUCAGUCAAGUUUCAUACAGCGCUCGUAUCAGAGAAGAUGCCAAAAUUGGCGACAAAAUAUUACAGAUAUCUGCAAAUGACUUGGACAGUGGUGAGAAUGGAAACGUGUCGUACUCAAUUCAACGUGGAGAUAGACAAAAACAGUUUGCUAUCGAUGAGAAAUCUGGGUAUAUAUCUGUCGCAGCUCUACUGGAUCGAGAGAUGAUAUCUAAUUACGUGCUGGAGGUCCAUGCGAAAGAUAACGGGAUUCCAAUGCUGAUGAGUUUCGUGAUGGUCAACAUCGAGAUUUCUGAUGCAAAUGACAAUCCCCCAUUAUUUGCUCAAUCGAAUUACACCGCCGUAGUACAAGAGGACAAACCACUUGGUCACAUCAUAUUACAAUUUAUUGUAACGGAUGCAGAUACAUCACCCAAUGCUGAUCCCUACACGUUUGACUUCAAAUCUGGAAAUGAAGGGGACUCGUUCCGUUUAGAGCAAGACGGAACGUUGAGAACAGCGGCAAAAUUCAAUAACAGAGUGAAGGACAAGUACCUCUUACUUGUCAGAGUCUUUGACAAUGGAAGUCCCCCGUUAUAUUCCGAUGCCUGGGUGGUGAUCAAAGUUAUCGAAGAAUCGCAAUACCCGCCAAUCAUCACGCCUCUUGUAGUCACUAUCAAUUCUUACAUGGAUGAGUAUCCAGGUGGAACAAUUGGCAGGAUUCACGCGACAGAUCAAGACCCGUAUGAUACGCUGACGUUCAGUCUAAUACCUUCGUCCCCGAACCCCAAUACCGACUUAUUCCAAAUUGAUAGCGUCGACGGUACUCUGGUAGCGCUUCCUAGGUUGGACGUUGGCGAAUACAAAGUUAAUGUUAGCGUAACGGACGGCAAAUUCCACUCUUAUUCAAUAGUGAAUGUGAACGUAGAGCUGGUCUCAGAAAAAAUGUUGGAAAACUCGGUGAUAGUGAGAUUCCGAGAAGUCAGCCCGGAAGAUUUUAUACUCAGCCAUCGUAAAGGGUUCAUCAGAACUGUGCGUAACGCGAUGAACUGCAGACUCAAAGAGGUGAUAAUAAUCAGCGUACAGCCAUCUACCGAUGAAGCAAAUGUAAUCAAAUCCCGAGCAACUCGCCAAGCGGUUCACAAUGAUCUUGACGUUCUAUUUGCUGUUCGCAAAGCCCAAACUAUGCUUGGAGCUGUGAGUUUUUAUUCUUCGGAAAGUAUUCGCGAAGCUCUCAACCAACGUAUCGAGGAACUGGAAGAAUCUACAAAGCUAGUGGUCGAGGAGAUCGUGAGAUACAAGUGCAAUAAAGGGUAUUGCGUUUAUGGAGAGUGUUACGACAAAAUAAACCUGGACCCCAGUCAGCUCUUGCCCGUCGCUACCGAUGUAACUAGUUUCGUAUCGCCGCGACAUAAGCACAGAAUGGAAUGCAACUGCAAGGAAGGAUACGCCGGGAGUCACUGCGAAGUUGUGGUAAACGAGUGUGCGAGAGAUCCAUGCCCGAAUUUUAAAGUAUGCGUGCCAGAUUCCUCACUUCAAGGCUACUCCUGCCAAUGCCCCGAAGGAUUCGCUGGCCAGACAUGUGACAUUGACAUAUCAAAAUGUCACGACGAGUCCUGCUACAUCCCCCGAAACCCAAUUUCGUUCAGUGGCAAGAGUUACGCUCGUUACAAAAUAGACACAUCAUUGACGAAACACACAAUCGAAGACAGACUGAGUCUCUCCUUGAGGAUAAGAACUGUGCAACCAACUGGAAAUCUCAUGUAUGCAGCUGGCCAAAUAGACUAUAAUAUUUUGGAGGUAGUUAACGGGGUUGUGCAGUAUAGAUUUGACCUAGGAAGCGGGGAGGGUUUGGUCAGGGUGAGCAGUGUCUAUGUGAGUGACGGACAAUGGCACGAUAUUCAGCUUGAAAGAGAAAACAACAACGCGCGGGUUACCGUCGAUGGAAAGCACGUCGCUCAUGGUGCAGCCCCAGGAAUUAACGACAUACUCAAUCUUCAGUCCGACGAUUUGUAUCUGGGCGCUGAGGUGAGACAGCAUCCGUCGAUACUAGGCUUCGAGGACGUGCAAAGAGGAUUUUACGGGUGCAUGGACGAUGUUAGAAUUGGAAGAGUAUCCGUCCCUCUCCACAUGAGCGGUGCUAGCAGCGUCGCGGUAUUGAAACGGUUUGCGAACGUGGAGUUCAGCUGUGAUCCUGCAACGAUAUUAGUGCCAUUAGGAGUCUGCGGUUCGCAACCAUGCCAGAAUGGUGGAACCUGCAAGGAAUUGGGAGGCGAUAACUACGAGUGUCAGUGUCAUGGGAGAUUUGUAGGCUUAGUUUGUGACGUUGACACAGACCCAUGCGCGUCGUCGCCGUGUCUCUAUGGUGGUCGGUGCAAAAUUGUUGCCGGAGGUGGAGAUUUCAAGUGCGAUUGCACUGGUCCAAAUCUCAGUGGAAAAAGAUGCGAAUACGGCAGGUAUUGCAAUCCAAAUCCAUGUGUACACAGGGGUGUUUGCGAAGAAGGGAACAACGGCCCAAUCUGCAAGUGCCACGGGUUUACGGGAGAACGGUGCGAGUCCGAUAUUAACGAAUGCGAUACGAGGCCUUGCACUAACGGCGGUACCUGCAUAAACGAAGUUGGGUCGUACAGGUGCAUUUGUCCACCGAACAUGACGGGUCUGAACUGUGGAAAUCCGGCUUACUCGACGCCGAUUAUAUCAAGUCACUUUAAUAUCACUUGGGAACAACUGAUAUGGAUCAGUAUAGGUAUCCUCAUUGUUUUGUUCCUAUUAAUCAUCGUUAUUUUUACUUACCGGAGAAUACGAGUGAAACGCACAAGAGCAAGAGCCAAUAAUAUAAACAACGAGACUCGGAAGCAAAUUGUCCUGAAUUCAGCAAGACCGCACGAACACGAAUUCAAACGUAGUUCAAAGCUGAGCAACUUGGAAGUGAUACAGAGAGAACCUCCCCAAUGUCCUCCUCGCCCCGCCUCCUACACACCUAGUUCUAACAAUGAGCCGGCUCCCUAUAGCAAUUCCGCUGCUGUGGCCCUGAAUAAUUUGGACACCCUGAGAAGCUAUGGCAGUGCAGGCGACGAACUGGAGAACUUCCCACCCGAUUACCUGAGAAACCUCAAUCGAAGCACCCCACUGCCUCCCCCCUCCCUAUCGAACCCUGUCGGCGGAAAUCCCACCGGCAGCGACACGGACAGCCUCCACAAACCAACCUGGCAGGAACAGAUGCAUCUAGCGUCCUUCAUCACCGAUGCAACGAAAAUCAAGAACGACCUGAAACGAGCGAGCCCAGUGGUACCAGAGCUGACCGCUGGAGGACUUCUACUAAACACCCGACGGGGGCCUCACGCAGGAGGGACGUCCAUAGCUUCCCUUUCCUCGAUUGAGGACGAUCCCCGUAUAGUAGGUGGGUAUCACUGGGACUGUUCAGACUGGGUCAGGCCAAGUCAGAACCCCUUACCUAACAUCACGGAGGUUCCUGGCAGCGAAGUUCCAGACUCGUCAAGCUUCCACAGCAAUGAGAGCAACGAGUCCAACACUCAUCAGCUACCACCAAUGCAUGGUCCAGUAGAUCCGUCAAGAGAUAUUGAAACCUUGGAUGAAGAUCAAGAAUCAGAGUACGUAGGAGAUUCUGAAUGUGGAACAGAGUUUUCCGAACACAAUUACUGCCCAGAAAGCCAGCGUUUGAACCCACUUGAUAGCGGAGGCGAAGGAGAGUACAAGUACAAAGAUUCCGAGAGCUAUAUUCGCCAUCCAAAUUCAUAUCUACCCCACUAUAAUAUUCAUACAGACACAGAGAACGAGACGAAUCCGCUCAAUGGACGCCUCAGUACUCUCGAGUCUGAUGAAGAAGACGAUGUAGUGCCUUAUGGUUUUCCAAGCAGCCGACGGAACCGAUGCCUCAGAGGAGAUGACGUUGACGAAAUUGGAUCUGUGAUCACUACUCUAGAAGAAAGAAAUUCGCUGUUGGGUGGUGGAACCAGCAACAGCGAUCUAUCCACUAAUCUGUGCGAGAUCGAUGAUUCUGAAUACGAGAUCACAGAUCAGAAGAACAAUAGUCGCGUGUGGUUACCCGGCAAUGGCAUCACGCAAACCUCGGUGUGACAAACAAUUAUGAUUAUAUUCAUACCUACUGACAAUGGACUAAACGUGAUCGUGUUUGUGUUCGUCGUAGGAACAGUUGUUGUUCUGGAUCGCGAUAUUUUGUACAUAUUAUCGAUAACAGAUAGAUAGAUAGAUAGAUAGAUAGGCAGUCGCUAUGCGGGCAGCUAUAUUGAAAUACCAACAUAUAAAUACGACAUAGGUAGUGCAAUUAUAGAAAUACGAAUGACGGUGCGUGAUACAAUAGCGGGGCACACCAAGUUUCAUUCAUACAUAUUAUGCCACGGUUAUCAGUAGACGAUAAGGGUACUCAUUCUGGACUUUUGCAUAUACAUAUUUCAACAUCUAAUUUGAGUUUAUUACUAUUUAUCAUGCGCUAUCGAUAAACACUUGAAUGCAUACACACAGCCGACUCUGCAACCAAGCUGUCCCCUAGGCAAUGUAUUCAGUAUAAUCACAUACUUAAUGGGCAUGAAGAAAAUGUGAAAGAACCGUGAAAUCUGCGUGAAAAAACCUAUUCAUAUUCUUACACGAAAGAAAGACAAUUUUAAAUUAAUUGCAUUCAUCAUGAUCACGUUGAUAGACCAAUGACUAUGUAUAAUUUAAUGAUGAGAUAUUAUUAUCAUUUUAAAUUAAGCGUUUUUCAUGUAUUUUUUUGCUAUAUGCGAUGCAUUUCCACAAUGCAGAGGUAUUA